GGUGCCCUCCACGAAGGAGCACGGCGGACCGCGGCCGGGCCGAAGCCGCCCCUUGACGGGCGGGAUUUGAUUCAUCCUACCACUAAAAACCCCCAAACACUGGACCACACAAAGCCUUACUGAUUUCAGGAAGAACAAUCAUUGAAGAUGUCUAGCAAAACAGCAAGCACCAACAACAUCGCCCAAGCCAGGAGAACUGUGCAGCAAUUAAGAUUGGAAGCCUCCAUUGAAAGAAUAAAGGUCUCAAAGGCAUCCGCAGACCUCAUGUCCUACUGUGAGGAGCAUGCCAGGAGUGACCCGCUGCUGAUCGGCAUUCCGACCUCAGAAAACCCUUUCAAGGAUAAAAAGACGUGCAUCAUUUUAUAGUGAAACAGUAAGGCAGCUCCUUGGCCUGCUCAGCAUCAGCCAUGAGCAGCAACUUGAAGAGAGAUGCCUUCAGCUCAUCCGGUAACCACUGCUAGUAACGAACAUGCUCUUCUUGGAAUGAUAGACUUUGAAGUCUGUGUUUUCCAAGUUGCCCUUUCUUUAAAAUACUCUUUACUGAUUUAAUACAGAAUAACAAUCUUGUUUUCUAUUUGGUUACUAUAAUAUCAUAUGGGGUUACUGUGUAAGGAAAAUGGGGGUGGGGAUGCUAUCUUUCAAAUAAACAAUUGAUUCAGAUAUGUUAAGAUCUAAAUUGCCUAAGCUCCUACAAAUUAAAAUGUCAAACAUAACUUCAGUCCUCAACCUUUAUAUCAUAUCAUAUCAUAGAUCAUGUUCUUAAUUAGGUUUGUGCUGACCUGUAUAGCAUACCCAAGGCAUGGUAGGGGGUGAGGGGAUGUGUCUACAUUCAUCUUUGUGUGUACAGUAUUGGCACUAGCCUCAUCAGCUCCCUGGUCCUAGAAGUUAUUCCUUUAUCUUGAGCUGUGUGUAGGUAAAAUAAAAAAUUAUCUCCAAAGCCAGGCGUGGUGGCACACACCUUUAAUCCCAGCACUUGGGAGGCAGAGGUAGGAGGAUUGCUGUGAGUUCGAGGUCACCCUGAGACUCCAUAGUGAAGUGAAUUUCAGGUCAGUCUGGGCUAGAGUGAGACCCUACCUCACAAAACCAAAUAUAUAUAUAUAUUUCCAUAUUUUCAUCUGUAUACAAAUAGUAAAAGAAAGCCCAUCCUGAAGAUGAUCUUUGCUGUAGUCACAUGACAUCAUCUCUCCUCACCUGAAAUUUUGCUGGGCCUUUUAGGCAACAAUAGACUGUGCCAAGUAAAAUUUUAAAGCUGAAUUGAAAGCCCCUUGGAAAGGUGUUGAUUCACAAGCCUUCUGGGCUUUUAUAAUCCUGAGACUUAAGUGAGUGAGUACCUUUAGGAGAACCCUGGUUAGCUGCACUCCGGGGCUCCCAAUCUCUGCUGGGUUGUGGGUAGACACCUCUGAAACUUCUGCCCUUGUGGUCAGAAUGAGACACGGAGAGAACCAUGAGCCUUGCCAGAGGGGAGCAGAAAUGAGUGAAAGCAGUUGCUCUCCUGAGCCCCGGCUUGCUUUCUUCUUGUCUUCAUGAUAUCUGGCCUCUGCUGCUAGUGUGUGUUUUCAGAGUAGAGCCUCCCCCAGUCCCAGCUCCAGCUGGAUGAAACACAUAAGCAAGUGCAAGGUUGCAAGACACUAAGCUCUUUGCAGUUUCAUCCCUACCUUGUCCACAAACCACCUGAGGAGGCCUUGAGGGAGGCUUGGAUGCAGCAGGCCAGUCCUUGGUCCAAAGAGACCAACACUGAGUAUGGAGCACCUUAGUUUUCCUCUGAUCAUGGAAAGAGACCCCACUCCCUCAAAAUCCAAUGGAGGUCCCCAAGGCACAUGCCUGCCAUGACCAAAGAGGUAGCUUGACUUUGUCAUAAAGAGAAGGUCCAUUUUAUUUAAGCACCCAAACCAGACACAAGGCCUAUGUUGUUUUAAUUCAUCUUCAGUCCAUUGAAAUAACUACUAAUAAAGAAUUUUAAAAGCAUUAUCAAAAAUGACUCCACCCCCAGGAGUUAUUUACGUCUCCUCAGCACUGUGAACUGGCCAUGUGGAAGUCGUGGCAGUGCCCUCCACCUUUCCUCACCUUCUACCUGAUUCUGUGGUACACUCAGUUCCCAAGCAAAUGAUGGGCACCUGCUUAGGAGAGAGGAAGCUUUUACCUUUCAAAAGGUAAAACUAAAAAUGUACACCAAAAAGACAAUUUUUACACUUACUUAAUGAAACCUUCUUUUUUUACAAGUAUAUUUUUCUACUUACACUUUCAGAGCACUAAUCUUAUUUUCACUCUAAUUGUAAACAUGUUUAUUUUUAUGCAGCUUAUUACAGAAUAUUUUCAUGAAAUUACUUUUAUUCUAGCAUUGUGUGUGCACUAUUGGUGGCGGGCAAGUACAUGUGUUCCUUCUACUGAAGCUCUUGUCACCUGACAGCACACGGUUCCACUAGGCUGCGUGUCUGUCAGUGUGCUUGGAGUGGUAAGAAAUGGACUUGAGGUCCAGUAGACUUCAUUUCAUCCUCACUGGGUACUAACGUCUUAUAACUUCCUGAGUAGGUUAUGCUACAUUCAUUUAAGAAAAUGGAAUCAAAUCCUUUGAUGCUGGACCCAAGACGGGAAAAAUUGUAGCCAAAUGUCGAUUAACUUAUAACUAGAUGUCUAUGUGAGAAGAUAUAAUAUAUGUAUACAUUUAUAUGACAUGCAAAAGUCACUUUUAUUUAUCUGCCUUUGUUCUACUAUGAGGCCAUUGUUUAACUGUCAUAAAUGGACAGAAUGCCCAAAAUGUGGGGUAUUUUCCCCACAAACUUACUUCUUUGGCUGCCUUUUUGUGCUACUACUUACGUAUGUUCAGUCGAUUUUUGUCUGUAAUGUCUCUUCUAUUAACAGUGAUAUUGGGGUUUUUGUAUUCUUGUAUCUUCAGUAGUUCAUCGUAAAUCUGUCAGUUGAGGCCUCAGGACCAUGAUGAGAUAGGCUAGACAGCAGUUCAUGCCUCCAAAGUAUUUUACAGCAACACACACUUUUUUUUUUUUAUAAUGGGAAAAUACUUUGUAUACCAGAUGUUUCACAAGGUGUAGGUUGUAGCUAAAUAUUUUCUUUUUCUAAAACCAGGCUUUUUAAAAAAUGCUUUACCUUAUUAAGAUGAAAAAGUGCCAUGCUUAUGUUUUAAAUGAAAGGCCUGAUUUGCUUUCUCCAUGAUUGGACCAUUUUUAUACUUUAAUAAUUGUUAGGCUAUCCAGUUUAAGAAAAAAAAAAAAAACACCUUUAUACCAAUGAUUUAGUGAUGUUGACAUGUAGAGUAGUUUCAUAGUGGAAGAUUGCCAAAUUCUCUCUUCAGCUGCCACUUCUCUCCAACUUAUAACUAAAGUACCAUCUAACUUCUUACUCGGAAUUUUUAUUUAAGGUGUAUUCAGGCCCAAGAAUAGAAGGACAAUGCAUGUCACUCAUUUCCAAUGAAAUAAAUGUGAUGCUAGAGAAUGUUAUGAAGUGCAUUGACUUCUUUUAUAGUAAGCCUGUCAAUGAGAAAAAUACAUCAGAUCAAAAGGGAAGCGCACUUUAGCUGAAGCCAGUGGCCUAGCAUUUAGCCUUGGGUCACUUUCCAGUCAGCCGUGUGCCAGGCGGCUUUGGACCAGACACUUCAGUUCUCUGAGCCUCCACUUCCCUGUUGUCACAGGGGCUGGAAGCAGAUGGUGGCUGAGAUCCCUUCUAUUCCCAGAUGCCUUGAUUCAGUGACCUUCCUCUAAUGGUCCUGCCAACGUGCUGGUGCUAUAAGCUGCCUCAACUAGAAAAUUGGUUUGCCUAUAAUACGUGCUCACUUGAUAGCUUAUGCAAGGCCUUUGUUAUAUAGUGCUUUUUCCCCUUGUAUUUUUGGACUUAGUUACUAUACUGAUGUCUUAUUAGCCUGUAACUACAAACAUAGAUUCUUUUGCUGUCUCAGUAAAUUUUCAUUUGAUAAACUGUUGUUGAGAUUUUGUUAUUUUGUAACAUUUUCUAGCUGCUCAUCCGUCCAGCAUCUUAAUAACUUUAACACUGUGAUCAAUGUUGGGAAAGCUGUUCUAUGGAAAGGAUAAAAGCAUUUAUUUCACUGUAAGCAUGUUCACAGAUUUGAGAGUUUCAUUAAAUGCACCAUUGCUUUACUUCCUGGGUCAGUGCCUCUUGUCAUUCGACCUGUGUUUUGCUCAAUAAACUAAUAAAAAGAC